AUGCGCGGGAAUUACCUUUUGAGACAGUUACACAGUAGCUGCUCCAUUCCCAGCUACAAUUUCCAAUCAGCAAAACCCAAAAACUCAUACCCUUCAAAGAAAAAAUUAACGUCCCAAAACAACAAACUGCAAAACUCCAGCACCACAGACUCUGACAUUGUAAAAUGGAACAUUGCCAUAACCACCCACAUGCGACAUGGCCAAUGCGAAUGCGCUCUUCGAGUUUUUAACUCCAUGCCUCGAAGAAGCUCGGUCUCGUACAAUGCAAUGAUAUCUGGGUACCUACAGAAUCACAAGUUUGAUCUUGCAAGAGACUUGUUUGAUAAAAUGCCUGACAGAGAUUUGUUUUCUUGGAAUGUGAUGUUAACUGGGCAUGUCAGGAAUAGGGAUCUUAAUACUGCGCGUGCUUUGUUUGAGAGGAUGCCAGAAAGGGAUAUUGUUUCUUGGAAUGCUAUGUUAUCUGGUUAUGCGCAGAAUGGGUUUGUUGACGAGGCAAGAGAGAUUUUUGAUAAGAUGCCUCAUAAGAAUGAGAUUUCGUGGAAUGGGUUGCUUGCGGCGUAUGUGCAGAAUGGGAGGAUAGAGGAUGCGAAGAGGUUGUUUGAGUCGAAGAUGGAUUGGACGAUUGUUUCUUGGAAUUGUAUGAUGGGUGGGUUUGUGAGGAAGAGGAGGUUAGUGGAUGCUAGGAGGGUUUUUAAUAGGAUGGCUGUGAGAGAUGAGGUUUCAUGGAAUACUAUUAUUACUGGUUAUGCACAGAAUGGAGAGAUGGAAGAGGCGCGGAGAUUGUUUGAGGAGUCUCCAAUUCGGGACGUGUUUACAUGGACGGCGAUGAUUUCUGGAUAUGUGCAAAAUGGGAAGUUGGAUGAAGCAAGAAGUAUUUUUGAUAGGAUGCCUGCGAAGAACUCAGUUUCGUGGAAUGCAAUGAUUGCAGGGUAUGUGCAACGUAAAAGAAUGGACAUGGCUAGAGAAUUGUUUGAGGCGAUGCCUUCCAGGAAUGUUAGUUCUUGGAAUACAAUGAUCACUGGAUAUGCUCGGAGUGGAGAUAUUGCCCAUGCAAGGAACUUGUUCGAUAGCAUGCCUCAGCGUGAUUCUAUCUCUUGGUCAGCUAUGAUUGCUGGUUACUCUCAAAACGGUUGCAGUGAAGAGGCUUUACAUUUGUUUGUAGAAAUGCAAAGAGAUGGCGAAAGGUUGAAUAGAUCCUCAUUUACCUGUGCUUUGAGCACAUGUUCCAGCAUAGCUGCUUUGGAAUUGGGGAAGCAGUUGCAUGGUCGGCUGGUUAAGGCUGGGUACCAUACUGGGUGGUAUGUGGGGAAUGCUCUUCUUGCGAUGUAUUGUAAGUGUGGAAGUAUAGAUAACGCGCAUGAUGCAUUCCAAGAAAUACUAGAAAAGGAUGUGGUGUCUUGGAACACAAUGAUUCAUGGUUAUGCGAGGCAUGGCUUUGGGGAAGAGGCUCUGACAGUUUUUGAAUUAAUGAAGACUGCAGGAAUCAGGCCAGAUGAUGCCACCAUGGUUGCUGUAUUGUCUGCCUGUAGUCAUGCUGGCUUGGUAGACAAGGGCAGUGAAUAUUUCUAUUCGAUGAAUCGUGAUUAUGGUAUAACUGCAAAUUCAGUACACUAUACCUGUAUGGUUGAUCUUCUAGGUCGAGCAGGGAACCUAGAAGAGGCCCAGAAUUUGAUGAAAAACAUGCCUGUUAAACCAGAUGCUGCAACCUGGGGUGCUUUGCUUGGUGCAAGCAGAAUACAUGGCAAUACAGAAUUGGGUGAAAAGGCUGCUCGGAUCAUCUUUGAAAUGGAGCCUCAUAAUUCAGGAAUGUAUAUUCUUCUCUCAAAAUUAUAUGCAGCUUCAGGAAGAUGGUCUGAUGCUGGUAAGAUGAGAUUGGAAAUGAAGAAUAAAGGUGUGAAGAAGGUACCUGGGUACAGCUGGCUUGAAGUUCAAAAUAAAAUUCACACAUUUAAAGUUGGGGACACUUCCCACCCACAUACGGAUAAAAUUUAUAACUUUUUAGAAGAGUUGGAUUUGAAAUUGAAGGAGGAGGGAUAUGUGUCCUCUACAAAGUUGGUCAUGCAUGAUGUGGAAGAGGAGGAGAAGGUGCAUAUGCUGAAGUAUCACAGUGAAAAAUUAGCCGUGGCUUAUGGGAUUCUGUUCGUACCUCCUGGGAGACCAAUCCGUGUGAUAAAAAACCUGCGGGUGUGUGAAGAUUGUCAUAAUGCAAUCAAAUUCAUAUCAAGGAUUGUGGGAAGGUUGAUCAUCCUCAGGGAUAACCACCGGUUUCAUCACUUCGAGGGAGGAUCAUGCUCCUGUAGAGAUUACUGGAUGAGUGGUGGAAACUUGGUUGCAUUGAGUAACCCCCUUAUCAGGGCAGGCAUUUCUAAAACCACUCCUACUUUUGCAAAAUAUUAUAAACUUUUGUUUCUUUAUUUGGAAUAUGCGAAUAUGCGAAUAUGCUCUGACACACUUCUUGACCGAGUUCAAGACAGGAAAGAAGUCCAAGGAAAGGUUCUGUGUUGCUCGAAGCAUGAAGUAGUAGGGGAGUUAUCUUUGACGCAAACUGACGAUGAAGAUGGAAUGUAUGCAAAUGUUCGUCCUUAUUCUUUAUAA